GUAUCUUUCAUGCAUUCAACGGGUCCUUCAAUGCUUCAUGCUUGUUUUCGUUAAGCCGCAUUGUUCCAUCCAAUAUAAUUUUCUAGUAACUAAAAGCUAAACAUACAUUUAAAGUGAGUUUAAAGACGUUUUAUACAUUUUAAUAAUCAUGUGCCUUAUUAAUUCAGUGUAAAUGGACUUUAAUAGUUUUCAGUGAUAUAAAUAUUCGGCCUUAAUUCCAUGUGUCACAUUGACACUUGACCGAUCUCAUUUGUUAUUACAGCAUCGAGUAACACAGCACAAUGUUCAAGACAAAAUCUUACGAUUCACAUGUAAAGCUAGAGAAUGGCAUCAAGAUCGAGAGGGACGUCAAGUGUGAAAUUGAAGAUGACUCCAAAACCAUGGUAAUAGAGCUUCAACACUCGAAUGGACACGUGCUCAACUCUAGACUGCAGUCCCAGCCUUUACACAGGGCUGCAGGUCGAGAUAGGUUCUCGUCCAGUAGUGCUGAAGACUCAAGCUCAGAACCUGAACAUGAACUGCACAACCAGACCAACAAAACAUGGCUCAAUUCAGGCUCAGUCCGCAAGAGGAGAGGCAACCUACCCAAACACUCGGUGAAGAUACUGAAGCGCUGGCUGUAUGAGCACCGGUACAACGCCUACCCUAGUGACAACGAGAAGCUUACACUCAGUCAAGAGGCUAACCUUACUGUCCUACAGGUUUGUAACUGGUUCAUCAACGCCAGACGACGCAUUCUGCCAGAGAUGAUCCGGCGCGAGGGCAAUGAUCCUCAACACUACACCAUCUCCCGGAGAGGCAAGAAGAGCGGUGGAGCUAGCGGAACCAGGGGCAAGAGUGUAGGAGGUGACAGCCCUGAGUACGAGAGUGGAGGCAGUUCGCCGUGUGAGGAGGACCUGCCCAUCACCCCCACCGCACCGUGGACUUCACUCAUAGUGUCUUCUUACAACCCCGCCCUCACCACCACCACCUCCAAGAACCCUGAAGAGUUCUGGAGUGCCCACAUCGGCAGUGAGGUAGCUAUCAGGUGUGAAAACGACCCGCCACCAGAGGAGGAGGACCAAUUCAAGUGCCUGCGCCUUCUCGUGGAAGCGGCGGUGGCGGUGUCUCAGCGGGAACACGAGUCAGCCACUGCCUUGCGAGUAUAGCACCGCCACUGCCUCAGCCUGGCCUGGGCUCUAGUACCUGUCACUUGCCAUACUGCGAGCGCGAGCGGAUUCCUCACUCUAGUUGUUGACUGUUGGCCUAGUCGGUCACCGUUGGUAUUUUUACCGUUUAGAAGAUAUUGUUGAAAUAAAAAAAAUCACUAGUA